CAAAGCUAGCAAACGACUACAGGCACAAGCUAGAUCAACUAUCUGUUCAAGCUUAAUUAGAAGCUUCUAGAGGCUUCGUGAAGAGUGGAAGGUGGGUGGGGCGAUGGCGGAGAGGGUGGCGAGGCUGGCGUCGGAGAGGGCGGUGGUGGUGUUCACCAAGAGCGGGUGCUGCAUGUGCCACGCGGUGACGACGCUCCUCGGCGAGCUGGCCGUCAGCGCGGCGGUGCACGAGCUCGACAGGGAGCCGCUCGGGAGGGAGAUGGAGAGGGAGCUCGCCAGGAGGCUCCGCGGCGGCGGGCCCGCCGUGCCGGCGGUGUUCAUCGGCGGGAGCCUCGUCGGCGGCACCAGCAAGGUGAUGGCCAUGCACCUCAAGGGCGAGCUCGUGCCCAUGCUCAAGAACGCCGGCGCACUCUGGCUUUGAUACUGUCUCACUGAAGGGUGGGUCCCAUCCCAUAAGAUCUGACUAUAAUGACAACGAUAGAGAAUUCAGCUUAAUUAAUCAGUUAUUACUGAGUUAAUUACUUUGAACAAAGUUACCAUGGUGGCCAGCUGGUGGCUAUGUGGAUUAAUUAACUGAACUUUGUAUUAAUCAGAGAAGAGAGGACAGAGAAAAGGUAACAGAAAUAUUGCAGAGUUUUAUGUGCACGCAAGUUUUGCGUUUUUAGGAGAAUCAAGGUAUACAAUACAUGCAUGUAUAGUCCCCUUUUAACAUAUAAGAAAACAUGUAUCAAUAGAUAUCACUUCUCAGUGUGAUGUACACUAUGUAUAUAUAAAUAUCAAUGUACUAUAUAUACCACAUAUGGAAGGAUAUAUGUCAAUUGAGCACCCUGAUACUUCCUAAUA